AUGCCCCAAAGCCGGCGACUGGGCUCGCCGACGAAACGCUCAGAACACCAGCCCGGGCACCAGUCUCCCUACGCAGAAACCCACGAUCUACAACUCCGACCAAUGCGCGCAUCUCGAUUGCAAAACCCUUAUCAACACGAUGAAGGACCCGGCGUCCGAUGCCCCAACUGCAACCGCCAGUACUGCCUGAAGCACCGCCUCCGCGAGGAACACGACUGCGCCAAGAUCACCCCGCUGGGCGGUCGGCCGGCCGGCGCAGGCGCCAACAACGCCAACGAGACGCUGCGGUCCAUGUUCGCCCGCGUCCGCACAUGGGGCAAGGAUAAGAGUCAUGCGGCCACCCAGAGCCUCACCCCGACGCCGAAACCGAAUAGCCCCGCGGCGCGGGCGGUCCAGCUGAACGCUCUCAAGAAGUCUGCCAAGGGCGACGCCAAUGUUCCCGCCGACAAACGCCUCUAUCUCCACGUCGUCGGCACAUCGGAUACGCAGAGGGUGGACCCGCCCAAGGGCGACUUCUAUUUCGAUAGCCGGUGGAAGGUCGGGCGGGUUCUGGAUGAUGCGGCGCGGCGCCUGCGCAUCGAGAACGUCAACAAUCGUGCGGAGGAAAAGGAGCGACUCCGCAUCUUCCAUGUCGAGUCGGGCGAGUUCCUGGAGUUCUCGGAUGCACUCGGAGCCGGGAAGCUGCAGUCUGGACACACCAUCGUCUUGAUGAGAGGUGCGGGUGUGAUGCUGGGGAAGUAA